ACCUGGGACCAAGGCCUACUAAAUGCCGCACCACGCGGUAUUGCGACCGUCGAGCACCUCGACCAAACUGCGUGUGGUAUUUGACGCGUCCGCCAAGUCUUCGUCUGGAACAUCGUUGAACGAUCUGCUGAUGGUUGGUCCCCCGGUUCAAGACAGUCUGUUCGCCAUCCUACUGCGCUUCCGCCUCUGUCCGUAUGUUCUCAGUUCCGAUCUCUCCAAGAUGUAUCGGCAAAUUCGCAUCGACCCAGACCACUCGAGCUUCCAACGAAUCUUCUGGCGAGAGAAGCCCACUGACCCACUCAAGGUGUAUGGUCUGAGCACGGUCACGUACGGAACGGCGUCGGCACCCUUCCUGGCUACUCGCACUCUGGUCCAGCUGGCAGAAGACGAACAGAAGGAGUUUCCCAUCGGCGCUAAAUUACUGAAAGAGAGUUUCUACGUGGACGAUUGUCUGUGUGGAUUCGAGACGUUCCCCGUUCUUACCAAAAUCAGCAGCUUUCGAAAACUCCAGAGGGUGUUUGGCUUCGUGCUCCGGUUCGUAGACAACUGCCGCCGCAAGGACAACAGAGUCGUGUCGGACCAUCUGACGAUUGGAGAGCUUCGGCGGUCCCUCAAGGCGUUGGUCCGCUUGGCGCAGCAUACCAGCUCAAUUGGAAGCGACUUCAAGCGGAUGGAGCGAGGUGACCCUUGCAAGCAGGUUCAGUCGCUCAAUCCAUUCAUCGAGGACGGCGUGAUUCGAGUUGGUGGGAGAAUACAAAAAUCAAACCUAUUGACGAGACCAAGCAUCCGAUGAUCCUACCUCACAAGCAUCCCAUCGU